AUGGUAAAUGUGAAGAUAAACGAAAACUGCCUAAGGUAUGAUGUUACCACAGAGUUCAAGCGUUAUUUGGCAAAAUUAAGCAGUCAGCCUCAAGGUAUUUCUGAAGCACGUUUGAACUCAAAUGAACUUGAUAUUUCAAGUUCAAAUAUUGAUGACGAGAACAUCAAACGUGUUUGUAACUGCAAUAGAAUAACCUGCAUAAAAGCCAAAAACAAUAAUAUCAACUUUGCAAGUGUCUCGGUUUUCUCCAAUCUUAUCAGCCUUGAUCUCUCAUUAAAUGAACUCCGUAAUCUUCAUGUUCCACCAGGCUCAUUUUCGAAAAUUCAGAAAUUGGAUCUCUCAUAUAACUUUUUGCCACCUGCGGCACUCGUGGAUCUAGCCAACCUUCAAUGUCUUCGAUCACUCUUCCUAUCCGGUAACGAGUUAUCUUCUAUUCCCACAAAAUUGAGGCAAGUCAUAUAUGCAUUUAGUACACUAGAGGAGCUAAAUCUUGACGACAACAAACUUCACGCAGCCGCUGAUAUUGCAGCUUUGGCUCAACUUCCGAAUUUACAAAGACUCAGCUUAGCCAAUAAUGAGUUCACUUCAUUUCCCAUUCUUCGAGUGGAAGCUAAGCUUUCGCCUUCAAAAUCCAAGCAACUUAAUUUUGAAGAAGCCAUUAUUCCUGUGGUCGUUUGCCCAAAUUUGAAAGUUCUAAGCCUUUGUGGUAAUCCCUUUAUCGAAGAAUUUCCCAAAGCUCCGCCAAAGAUUCAAACCAUCCUGGUAGAGCAGCAUGGAAUUUCUGUCGAGUGUGAACGCUCCAAAUUUUGGUGUUCCAAGUACUCAAGAUUAGGACCUACUAAGCUGGAUCGCCAAAGACGAGACCAGUUACCGCCUUUAACAACUGCAGUAAAAAACGUGGAUGGAGAAUUUGAGGAGAAAUCGACUGUUGACGUCAGUGAAUUUCCAGACUCUGGUGAACAUCCAUUGUUUUCGCAGCAUGAACUGAGUAUCGAGUAUAGUGAACUACCUAUAGGACCAGAAGUGUCACCGCAAAACCUCUUCAUUGCUGUGUACUUGUUUCAGACAAAACGGAGUGGAAGACGCAGGCGGUCACAGAGGGCUGUUCGUCAUUCCUUCUUCAAAUCUAAUGGCGCAAAUGGAUUGCAGAGACCCAAGAUUUCUUCUCUAUACAGAAUGCUUCAAGAAGCCAUCGAGAAUCCGAGAGACUCUAUCGAAUAA